CUUCUGAUUGGCCGGAUCGCGGCUUGUAAUGGACUGUGCAUGUGAGAGAGGAAGCUCAGCAGCAGCAGCGUUGGCCCCUGGCCCCUGGUAUGCAGCAGCAGCAGCUAUGAAGAGGGUUAUAGAAACCAAAGACACCCCCAGCCAACCCCGGGAUACAGGGAAUAUGGAGAGGAAGGAGAACGGCUCCCUGGACGCUAAGAAAUCCGUAGAGAAUGGACGGCCGCCGGACCCUGCGCACUGGGCUGUGGAUGACGUGGUCAAUUACUUCAAAGCUGCCGGGUUUGAAGAACAAGCCAGCGCGUUUAAGGAUCAGGAAAUUGAUGGAAAAUCUCUUCUGCUUAUGACCCGGAACGAUGUACUAACCGGACUGUCACUAAAGCUGGGCCCCGCGCUGAAGAUCUACGAGUAUCACGUGAAAGCGCUGCAGACGCAGCACCUGAAGAGCGGCUCUCCGUAACGCAGGGAGGAAAUGUUCCUUAUGUGGCCGCAACGCAUUUAUUUUGUUUGAUCGCCACUAAGCCGAAUCGUCAGACAAUCCAAGCCAAAUAUAAACUCUACGCCGACCGAGGGACGGAACACGGCGACCUGCUGGACGCUCUCCGGGCCGUGCGUUACCCAAUAGCAAGAGGACAGGACUCUUCUGUAUGUUGUGAUUUGCAGGAAAGACAGAGAACUCAGUCGUUAUGUACAUAAAAAAAAUAUUUUUAGAGAUGUGCGCACAGCCAUUUCCAGGGAAUCUGCCUGUUUCCGGAUUCACGUUACUUCUGAGUAUAAUGGGCCUCAUUCAGACCCGAUCGCACGCUGCAUUUUUUCACAGCCGUGCGAUCGGCUCUGUACUGCGCAUGCUUGUGACCCGCAAUGCGCAGGUGCAUCGGCCGCCGUCGCCGGGCAGCGACGAAACGAACGAAGAAAGCGAUCGCAAGAAGAUUGACAGGAAGGCGGCGUUCGUGGGCGGCAACUCACCGUUUUCUGGGAGUGUCCGGAAAAACUCAGGCGUGACCGGCCGUUUCCAGGGAGGGUUCCUGACGUCCGCAACAUCCCGGAUCGUCGCAGCGGCUGAGUAAAUCCUGGGCUGUGCAGAGACUGCACAAACCUCUCUGCACAGCCGAUCGCACCCCUGCACAGCGAUUACCCCCUCCCCUGUAGGCGGCGAUUACCUGGUCGCAACAGUGCAAAAAGUAGCCUUCGUGUGACCAGGUCUGAAUUAGGCCCAAUGAACGGAACAGCUGCAAUGACUUGGAACUUGUCCCACAGGCAAAUGAACCGGGAAUGUCAGUUAUUGUAAAAUAGGGGCAAAUGGAAUGGUGGGGCAAUUGGUAGACAACAAACCUUGCCCCCCUCAGAUUGAGUACCGUGUACCCUAAGUAUUAGAUUGCAUCAAUUAAAUGCAGGCGUUACUGUACUAUAGAGCUUUAAUAGUGCCCAGCAACAGACCGUGGAGGAAACCAUUUGUGGGUGCACCAUAUUCAGCACAAAGUGCCUUGUGUCUCUAGAAUUAUUGGGCGUUAUAUUGGCCCGGUGAUGUCGCUAGCUCCUAGCAAAUCGUCUGAUUGAAACAAUACACAAUAUGGCUGACUCUAGUGUCCGGAGGUGACCGUAAUUCCAUCCAGACCUCUGUACUAAAGCCGAGUGUUUUACUAUUGGUUCCAUUUCUCAAAAGCGGUGCACCAGUCUAAUUAAGGGACACUGCAUUGCAACACAAGGAAUUGUGGGGCAUGACCUACACAGACGGCACACUGAACGAGCGCAUUGCGUGACAGGUUACGCUGUGACCGUCGCACUUCCAAUAUAGGACUUCCUUACUGGCAGACCAGAAUCUCUCAAGGCUACGUCCAAACAGAACAUUUCGUGAGGUGUUUUGGUUAAGUGUAGGAGCGCGUCGGCUCUUGGUGCGUGCAACGCGCCUCUGUGCGGACAUUCCUGAAGGCGCAGUUUCAGUUGAUCUAAUAUUGCAGACUUUGUACAUAUUUUCUUCCAGCUAUAAUUACACUUUGCUCUCUAAGGACUUUCAGGAAGACAAUCGUGUGGCACACAGAACAUUUUGUAGUUCAUUUUUUACUAAGGGCGUAAACUUAGACAUUAUUUCCUGCUUGUCUCAUAGCUGAGGCGGCCAUUUUGUGAGCUCAGGCAAUAUCUGGCCAAUCCGUGCCAUUGGUUUUCAGCGAACCGAUAGGCUGCACUCUCGUGGUACUGCUUUAGCCCGCCCAAUGGCUGCCUCUACCGAUCAGCCGAGCGCUGCACCCUAUUGUGUUUGUGUUGAUAGGAGGUAUAAAUACAGGUGUGAACGUAUUCUGGGCCUUCAGCGAGAGACAGGUAUUUUUGCAGCGUGUGAGACGAUUCUCUCCUGUGUAAUGCUAAAUAUAGAUAUAUUUUUCCCCCAAAAAAAUCUAAGAAACACUUUGUAGUGGGAGUCUUCGGCCGGCGCCUCCCGGCAGUUGCGUCGGCCUGUUUUAUUUCUAGGGUAUCCGGCUAAUGUGCUGGAGAACUGACAAUCUAAAUAUUACUCACAUGCUUAUUGUACAGCGGGAGCACCCGGCGCCAUUUUGUGUUCAUGAGGAUAUAUAUUACAGAGCAGGAACUGGUCCCCUUAUUGGUGUGUGGUAAGGGAUUAGACUGUAAGCUCCUCUGCACAGGGACUGGAGUGAAUCAUUACGUAUUCUCUGCGUAAUAAAGGUGUGUAAUACGUCUGCAGCUUGGAGCGCAAUGUAUAGUAUGGUGCAGUUUCUACGUAAGAGGCUGGACUUGUGGCCCGACAUGCGCGUCUCUGUACAGCGCGUAGGCACCGGGCGCUCUCAGAUCUGCUAUCGGGGAUCUAUAAGCUGGGAACUGAUGGAUGGUAGGUCUCUGGUCUCUCAGUAAUUCAUUUUCUAAAAGGCUUAUUUUAUAAUAUAGUGCAGAUGGCCGCCGCAGCAAAUAGGAGGCCCUAGCCCCCCCAUGUAUGACGGGAACGCAGGCUAAGCGCGGGCUCCUGCCACCGUGUUCUCAUUACAGCGCAGAUGUCUCCACAGCCUGUGAGCAGAACCUCCCUGUGUGUGGGUCACAUCUUCCUGAUGCCCUAGGGGUAGAGCGGGCACCUGCGGACCCUGAUAUACCAUAUCUUACAUACCUGUAUGUAUGCUGUGUGUGGGUCACAUCUUACUGAUGCCUCAGGGGUAGAGCGGGCACCUGCGGACACAGAUAUACCAUAUCUUACAUAUCUGUGUGUGGGUCACAUCUUACUGAUGCCCCAGGGGUAGAGCGGGCACCUGCGGACCCUGAUAUAUCAUAUCUUACAUACCUGUAUGUAUGCUAUGUGUGGGUCACAUCUUACUGAUGCCCCAGGGGUAGAGCGGGCACCUGCGGACCCUGAUAUACCAUAUCUUACAUACCUGUAUGUAUGCUAUGUGUGGGUCACAUCUUACUGAUGCCCCAGGGGUAGAGCGGGCACCUGCGGACCCUGAUAUACCAUAUCUUACAUACCUGUAUGUAUGCUGUGUGUGGGUCACAUCUUACUGAUGCCCCAGGGGUAGAGCGGGCACCUGCGGACACUGAUAAACCAUAUCUUACAUACCUGUAUGUAUGCUGUGUGUUGGUCACAUCUUACUGAUGCCCCAGGGGUAGAGCGGGCACCUGCGGACACUGAUAAACCAUAUCUUGCAUACCUGUAUGUAUGCUGUGUGUUGGUCACAUCUUACUGAUGCCCCAGGGGUAGAGCGGGCACCUGCGGACACUGAUAUACCAUAUCUUACAUACCUGUAUGUAUGCUGUGUGUGGGUCACGUCUUACUGAUGCCCCAGGGGUAGAGCGGGCACCUGCGGACCCUGAUAUACCAUAUCUUACAUACCUGUAUGUAUGCUGUGUGUGGGUCACAUCUUACUGAUGCCCCAGGGGUAGAGCGGGCACCUGCGGACACUGAUAUACCAUAUCUUACAUACCUGUAUGUAUGCUGUGUGUGGGUCACAUCUUACUGAUGCCCCAGGGGUAGAGCGGGCACCUGCGGACACUGAUAUACCAUAUCUUACAUACCUGUAUGUAUGCUGUGUGUGGGUCACAUCUUACUGAUGCCCCAGGGGUAGAGCGGGCACCUGCGGACACUGAUAUACCAUAUCUUACAUACCUGUAUGUAUGCUGUGUGUGGGUCACAUCUUACCGAUGCCCCAGGGGUAGAGCGGGCACCUGCGGACCCUGAUAUACCAUAUAUUACAUACCUGUAUGUAUGCUGUGUGUGGGUCACAUCUUACUGAUGCCCCAGGGGUAGAGCGGGCACCUGCGGACACUGAUAUACCAUAUCUUACAUACCUGUAUGUAUGCUGUGUGUGGGUCACAUCUUACUGAUGCCCCAGGGGUAGAGCGGGCACCUGUGGACACUGAUAUACCAUAUCUUACAUACCUGUAUGUAUGCUGUGUGUGGGUCACAUCUUACUGAUGCCCCAGGGGUAGAGCGGGCACCUGCGGACACUAAUAUACAAUAUAUUACAUACCUGUAUGUAUGCUGUGUGUGGGUCACAUCUUACUGAUGCCCCAGGGGUAGAGCGGGCACCUGCGGACACUGAUAUACCAUAUCUUGCAUACCUGUAUGUAUGCUGUGGGCGAUUUCUCGUGUCCAUGUUUCCUCCAAUUACAGUUUAGUACAUGUUACCUAUAAAAUGGCUUUGUAUGAUAGCUUACUAUACAUGCGCGCUCCCUCCGCGCGUGUUGUGCGCUCCCUCCGCGCGUGUUAUGCGCUCCCUCCGCGCGUGCUGCUAAUUGCUCUGCUUUACUGAAUAAGCCUCUGGAAUUUGCUCUGAGUUUUUCUUAUUGUUUUUUUUUGGGGGGGGGGGGACUGGCAGCAAAGUUAUUAUAUUAUUAUUAUUAUUAUAGCAGAAUGCUCUGCUUCCUGCGCUCCUGGAAGGCAGAAUUCACGUGAUGAAUGUUCUGCCCGCCGUCUCUUGCUGGUGUUCUGUGUCUGUGUUACCCGCGGGUCUCCCGGCUUUGCGGAGUUUUACGUAAGACGUUUUCCAGCGCUAUUUCUGAUUUUGUACAGAUGAUUUUAUACAGCGACACACGGCGGGUCUGGUGCGAGAUAAGACUUGUAGAUCCGGUACCUUUAUUGUACGACCUUUAAACCUAAAAUGGACCUAAGGCCUAAAAGCGCUAUUAAUAGCAGACAGAAAUAUAUAUUAAUGCUCCCAUCGUACCGACUGUUGUGCCGCUGAGCGCAAACUAUUCUCUGCGCUUAGUGCUCCAUUCAUGUACGGGCCUUUGCCCACGGCAUCAACAUCCGCUUGUAACAUUUUGUACCACAAGUAAAUGGGACACUGACCCUGUGGCCACUGGCAUUUGCAGAUGGGGCCGUGUGCGGUUUUUCUGUCGUCUGUUCCAUGCACUUGGCGCACACCGCAGGAGAAUGCGACGGAGUCAGUGGGUUGUCUUCCAUUGUGAGCACACGCUGGCAUUAGUGCCAGGCUCGUGGGUGAAGGCUGAACGAGGCACGUGGUCCGGUGAGAGCGUUAAUACAGAGAGAGAGCAGACGUAACCAGAACUAUUCCAGUGACAAUCAGCCGAUACAUGGGACCCCGUAACUUCCCUGAUAAUGGUGCUUCAAUAUUCCUGGUGCUGAAACCUCACAAGAAAUAAAUGUAUUUUAUUACAUAGAAGUGAUAGGAUCCUGUUAUUGCUGCGGAAUAAAUGUAUAUUAUGGCAUCAA